UGUAUGUGUGUGUGUGUGUGUGUGUGUGUGUGUGUGUGUGUGUCCUGUGGCCUCCUCCACCCCUUCCCAGGGCCUCUUCUUUAUAAGGUUGGUCCCACCUGGAUGUUUUUACUGCUGCUUUUUUUAUUCCCCCGCCCCCCAUUCCACCACUUCAGUAAAAGUCCCUCAGCUGACUUAAGAAUAAAACAUAAAUUCCAGGAAAGAAAGUCCCUGUGGGUAAGAGGAAGGUCUACAGGAGAGGCGUGUGGAACGAGGGGGGGGGAGUCAUACAUAUGAGCAAAGUACACACCAGACACAGUGAUGAAAUGCACAAUGCAUAUGUGUGGAAAGAGAAUGGGGGAGCUGAGACCAGACCCUCUGGAGGAGGCGUCUGAAGAUACAGAAGACAACCCUUGAAAACAUUCAGAGCAGUGAUCUGAGGAAACCGUGGCACCUCAGGGUGGAGUCAGGCCAAGCAUUCCUCACGAUGCCAGAAACAAAGCUCCGAAGCCCCAGGCCUCUUGCUGCAAACUCAGGGACUAUAGAAAGGUUGUGUGGAGUAUGGAACCCAGUGAAAACUGAAAUCCAAUGACGUAGCUUGCUGGGUCUGUUCUUUUCAGUCCUCCGUCUCAUGCACAGGUGCAGGGCACUGGAUCGGAAUGCCAGGACUUCCGCUGGUUAGAGUGUAGGGCACUGGAUCUGUAGGUGGACCACCAAGGCAACAGAAGAUAGAAUAAUAGGGUUAUUGCACGGGUGAGGCCAGACUGGCCCAGGACAGCCUGCAGGCGGGAGGAAAGGAGGCUGCUGCCCUGGACAGAAUUCUGGAGUGGCCUUCCUGGAUGGCCUCUGUCUGCAGUCCCUCGUGGGUCCCCGAAAGGAAGACAGGGUCUAGAGGUGGGGAGAAAACAGAUGACGUAGCACACGAGAGUUGGACCACAUGAGCUGGUUCUGAAGAGGGUGGUGAAAGCUCCUAGUGCUCUUUGUCUUUGAUCUCUGGGGAGUGACGUUGCUUAGGUAAGUGAGAUCCGAUAGUGUACAUCUGAGUGGAAUGAGGAUGAUGAGACCUGUAUGUGCUGUGAUCAGGGAGGCCUUCCUGGAGGCAGUGAGCUCAUGCUAGGCUCACAGAGAAAAGGACAAAAUCAGUCAGGUUGAGGAGAGCCACACAGGCCGAGCUGAGGAUGCGCACAUGUCUUGCGGGGGCUGAAAGGCCAAUCUUCUUUAGUUACGUUUAUUUUAAAUGAUUAGUAAUAGAGAAGGUGAGAUGGGAAAUGAGGUUGGGUCCUCAGCUCGGGGAGUGCCCAGUGUGCUUGAAUCACAGUCUGAUCAAACAAGUCAAGCUAGGCAUGAAUGGAAACAACAGCCCAGCAGGAUUUAGACCUCCUCAGCCUGGAGAAGGGCCACGGGUGCUGUGCUGUGGGGACCUGCUGUUGGCUCUGUGCUGUGGACUUUAUCAGCACAGAAGAGGAAGACUGUUGACCAAGUGGCCGGGUGAUGUAAAGUUCUGUGACAGCUCAUAUGCAGGAGGUGACACAGUGGCACCUCAGAAAGGAACAGAGUAGGAUUCAGUGGGGGAAGCCCUGUCCUUAAGCGGCUCACGCACUGGGCGCUCAGCUUCCUGCAAACUCAAGGAAGUCCUCCAGCAUCAGGAGGAAGAUCCCCGAUUCAGCAUCCCCUGCAUGCUCCCGAGAGCCACGCACUGCAUGCUGGGAGUAACAUUUCUCGUUCUGAGCCUCGAACAGCCUGAUGCAGUAGGAAAGACAGACAGCAUGUAUCCGUGUCUUUUAGUACAGCCAAAGGCAUGCCGUUCUGGGUACUGUUCCAGGAGUUGGGAACCCUCCAAAAAGCAGGAGCACGAGAGCCUGGAGCAGGAGAACUCUGUGCUGCGCAGGGAGAUUGCGAAGCUGAAGGAGGAGCUGCGGCACCUGAGCGAGGCGCUGAAGGAGCACGAGAAGAUGUGCCCCCUGCUGCUGUGCCCCAUGAACUUUGUGCAGCUUCGGCCGGACCCUGUGGCCAGCUGUCUGCCGCGAUGACACCCCAGCUCACUCCUCCUUUGUCUGGCUCGGAACCCUGGUUUGCACACUCGGGAGUUUCCCUAUACACCUGUGUCCGGGGAUACGUGCGGCUGUGCCCCUCCAGGGAGCUCUGGGGCCAGCCUGGGCUCUCAGCAUUGUAUUCUGGGGCCCCUGACUUCUGGCCCCAGUGCAGCAGACCGAGAGGCCUCAGUGGGAAGGCCCUUUGAGUCGCUCCUCACUCUGGCAGCUAGCCGGUUCUGUCCUUCGACGGGAUCUUUUCGUCUGGAAUUUGGAAAAUAAAGAUAGUCACCGUG